AUGGAAAAUGGCUGCUUUUCUUUCCAUCAUAGUUUGACAAGAAUUAACGAGCUUCCGCUGCUUAAUAAUCCUGGGGUCUAUUUUAUUAUAGUGUUAUUUGUUAUUUAUGUUAUUAGCAUAGUAGUAGGAAACAAAGCUGAUAAUAAAAAGCCACUUUCAAAUUUAAAAAGACGACCAUCUUCUACAUCAAGAAGCGAUAUUUAUAUUGCGCCGUCAGAGUUUAGGCAUUUUGACGAAGAUUUAAGUGAGAUUAGUAGAGUAGAAAAUUAA